AUGGCGACAGUCACUGGAAGCUGCGACGACGAAGUUGUUAUGUCAGAAAUCCAGUCGAAUCCGAAGACACCUCCAGGUAAUCUUAACAGUGAUACAAUCGAACAAAUUUCGAAAGCUGUACAGGAUCAACUUUCGGCUAUAUUGCCGAGUAUGAUUCAAGAAAUCAGCAAGUUAACUCCUCGUACUGAAGGAGCACACAUGUUGGCACAAACUCCCCGGUUAGCCGCCGGGUCAACACAAGGCUUACGAAAGCGUCCGUCGCACUCCCGGUUAGCCGCCGGGUCAACACAAGGCUUAAAUGAACAAACUGAACAAGUUUCAGACGAGAACGAGGACGUACAAGAGAUUAAUGCGGAGGAAUUUGAACCUCCUGCAAAGAAGGCCAACCUGUCUGAAUCCACAGAAUUUAGUGACCUAAACGAAGAUAGUCCUGGACGCUGGGAAGCUUCAGAAGAACUUUCUAGUCUUCUUAAUGUUUUAUUCACUGACAAAAAGCUUUCUACAUACGAACGAAAGCAGAUAACUAAAGAAUUCCCGCGUCCAAAUAUCGAGGCAGUAUACACACCAGUUCUCGAUAAUUAUUUGAGCUCACUGAUUGCUGGAGCGAAAGGUGUAGACAAAGAGCCUAAAAGGCUCCAAGAUCAAAUUUUAGAUGUGGUUGGGCCAUUAUCGAUGGUCUUUGAGCAUGUAUCAGGAUGGCAAUCAAGCCAAGACAGUGCCGAGACAAUCACUGUACCUUCGAACAAUAUUAAUGGCCUCUAUGCAUGCCUGACAAAAGCCCUGUGUUUAUUGGGAAGUAUUAACAAUCAGUUAACAGUUCAGCGAAGAAAACAAAUUUUGGAUAAACUUAAUCCAAAGUUAAAUUCACUUGCCACUGAGCCAUUUCCAGAUGCCGGCAAGAUGUUGUUUGGUGAAUCCUUUGAAGAAAAGACUAAACAAAGGAAUGAAACAGCUCGGAUUAUUUCAGCAGCAACUGCAAAGAAACCAGCAAAUCAGUUUUUUCGCAGAGGGGCCCCCUCCAGUUACCGCCCAUGGCGUGGGGGCCAGGAACGGGGCAGAUGGAAUUACCAAGCCAGAGGGAGGUACUCCUUUCGAACCCGUGGCCGGGGGAGAGGCAGAUUUCCAAACCCUCAAUUCCAAACAUCCCAGUCACAACAAAGCCAGCAGUGAUUGCUCAAAGUGGUCAAAUAACAGGUAUAUUAAAAAACGAAACAAACUUAACACAUUUCCCCCAAAUAAAUGCAUUGUGGGAAAAGUUCGGGCUGCGUCAUGUAAGCUCAAACCAGUUGCCACUAGCAGGUCGUUUAAAAUAUUUUGUAAAAAAUUGGGAAUUAGUGACAAACGACCCCUGGGUACUCCAGGCUGUGUCGGGGUACCAAAUUUGUUUUUCAAAUCUGCCAUUCCAGAAAACUAUUCCGGCAAUGAUGGUGUCAGUAGAGGACCAAGAGGUCAUAAACAAAGAGGUGGAAGAAUUGAUAGAAAAACAAGCAAUACAAUAUGUUUAACAACAGGAAUUAACAACAAAACUUUUUAAGGACGUAGUCAAUAAUCCUGAGCACAAAUUAACGGAUUUGUUACCGCCAUUAAAUAAUGACAAUAGUCAUUUUUUGCGUAAAAAUAGGAAAUUUAACGAGCCACUUCAUAAAACGAACAGAUUUAGGAACAGUUUUAUCACUUAUAACUCUAAUAAGUUUUUUGAAUAACUUAGAAACUGUUUUUUACUGCGAAUAUGCUGGUUUUAACCUAAUCUAAAUUAGCAUUAGUGAGUGUUUUAGUAACAAAUUAUAAGUCUGCGCAUACAGUACAUAUAUGUGAAUGUGUAUUUUUAAGUAUUUAGUCUAAAUAUCUUAUUCGUUUUUUUAAACAAAUACAUGUAAAAUUAGUUUUAAUAUCCUUGUAAACCUAACAUAUUUCAGCAGUGGAAUUAGUUAUAUUCUGGAGCUGUAAGUGUUAGUGUCAAAUAAACUAUCAAACAACAACACAGCACAGGUUUUUUAAGCACGCUGUUUGUGGUCCCCAAGAAAGGUGGUGGGCACCGGCCAAUUUUCAAUCUCAAACAAUGUGCCUGCCUUUCGGAUUGGCCAGUGCCCCACGCGUUUUCACAAAAAUCCUAAAACCAAUAGUUGGUUUGUUAAGAAAACAGGGCAUUCGAUUAAUAAUUUAUCUAGACGAUAUAUUAUUGAUGGCAUCAACAGCCGAAACACUGUCACAUCAUGUGACACUUACAGUAGCACUCCUAGAGUUGUUGGGUUUUGUGGUAAACUACCAGAAAUCCCAACUGAAUCCAGUUCAAUCUCUCGAAUUCCUGGGCUUUCAAAUAAAUUCGGUAACAUUUCAAAUCAGUCUUCCCAAAGACAAAGUAAAAAACAUCAAACGCGAAUGUCAGAAAGUCCUAGACCACCAAACAAUAACGGUGAGAGAAUUAGCCAGGUUAUUAGGCAAGUUAAGUGCCUCAAUUCAAGCAGUUUUCCCAGCACCAUUGCAUUAUCGUUACUUCCAAGCUGUCAAAAAACAAAGCUUGGCAAAACGGGGAAGUUACGAGGCUCCAGUGAUUUGGUCAGCGGCAGCCCUCGAGGAGCUGAAAUGGUGGCGAGAUCACCUCGCUGCUUGGAAUGGAAAGGCUCUGUUGAGAGAGCCUCCAACGUUGAUUAUCGAGACAGAUGCAUCAACAACAGGUUGGGGAGCUCGUUGUGGGUAAACACAAACCAGGGGCCUUUGGUCCCAAACAGAGCGCCUGUUACACAUAAAUUGUCUGGAACUCCUUGCAGGGGGGUUCGCUCUCAAAUCAUUUCUAAAGAGCAAAUGCAAUAUCCAUGUUUUGUUGCACAUGGACAACACGUCAGCCAUAAGUUACAUAAACAAAAUGGGUGGCUCAACAUCGUUAGUCCUAUCCAGCCUCGCCUUCGACCUUUGGCAAUGGUGUCUCGAACGCUCAAUCACGGUCGAGGCAACCAUUUGCCAGGGAGACUGAACACAAUAGCCGACUACGAGUCCCAAGCUGGUCCAGAUUCCAGCGAUUGGCAACUGGAUCCAGUUGUGUUUCAGAAAAUCAACUCCAAAUGGGGUCCAUUUGCAGUAGAUCUUUUUGCAACAAGACUGACAGCACAAUUGCCAAGAUUUGUGAGUUGGAAACCAGAUCCAGUGGCAGAGGCAGUGGAUGCCUUUACACUGGAUUGGAGCCAACUCGCAGGGUAUGUUUUCCCUCCAUUUGCCCUAAUAGGGCGUUGUCUGAGGCAGAUUCAACAACAGUCAGUUCCUCAAAUAACCAUGGUCACACCAGUGUGGGAGACCCAGUCCUGGUAUCCGCUACUGCUGGGAAUGAUAAUAGAAGCCCCAGUGCUACUACCAUCAUUCCCAGGGUUAUUGAGACAAGAAGACAAACUACAUCCUCUUGCUCACCUGCAGUUAGCCGCAUGGCUUGUCUCAGGAGAAAUUUCCAAAGUGCGUCAAUUUCACAGGCAGCUCAAGGACUUCUCUUGGCUGCAUGGAGAGCCCGAACAGAGAAGACUUACUCUUCUGCCUGGCGGAAGUGGACUGGCUGGUGUAGUGAACAACAAGUCAAUCCACUUUCAGCACCUUUAGAGGCCAUAGUGAACUUUAUAGCUAUUCAGUUUGAAUUAGGGCUAGAAUACCGUACACUCAAUGUUUAUCGGUCAGCUAUAUCUGCUACACAUCCACAGAUCCAAGGUUGGAAUGUAGGCGAGCACCCGGUAAUAGUUCAAUUGUUGAAAGGGAUUUUUAAUUCUCGUCCUCCUAUGCCUAGGUAUAUUAAUACUUGGGAUGUGAAUGCAGUCACAAAGUAUUUUGAAAGUUGCAGUGCGAAUGACAAACUAACAUUAAAACAAUUGAGUAAGAAACUAGUUGUGCUGCUAGCACUUACUUCAGCAGAAAGAGGCUCAGAAUUAAUUGCUCAUGAUUUAAGGUUCAGGCGAUUCCAUCCAGAAGGGGUAUCGUUUAACCUUCCGGAGCUUACCAAAGGA